GUAGAUCUGUGUGAAAUUUGCAAUUGGUUUGCAUUGCAGCAGAGCAUAGCAGACAGAGCAAAUAUCAAUUAGCAAUAGCAAUAUAUAUAACCACCAAUCCAAUUCAACCACCACACCACCCAUUGUUGUAAAGAAAACUGUAAUAAUCCCUCACAUUUCUCUGUUGUAAAAAAAAAAAAAACGGUAGCAGCAUUGAUCCGAAGAGAAGAGAUUGAGAUGGCAGCGAUGGCGAGAGCAAGUUCUGGUCUGCAAUACCCAGAGCGGUUCUACGCCGCGGCCUCAUACGCAGGAUUCGACGGAUCCGCCUCUCCCACCAAAUCCCUCACCUCCAAGUUCGGCAACUCCUCCGCUCUUCUUCUCUACAGCUUGUACCAUCAGGCUAGUAUAGGACCUUGUAACAUCCCAGAACCCAGUUCAUGGAAACUUGUGGAGCAUAGCAAAUGGGCCAGCUGGAACCAGCUCGGAAACAUGUCCUCCACAGAAGCCAUGCGUCUUUUUGUGAAAAUAUUGGAGGAAGAAGAUCCUGGUUGGUAUUCCAGAGCAUCUAACUCUGUUGCAGACCCUGUUAUUGAUGUGCAAAUGAAUCACAAUUCCAAAGUUGAACCAAUAAUCGAGAAUGGGAACUCAUAUCCAGAGAUAAAGACCAUUUCCACUGAAAAUGGAAGUCAAGUUGCAACCCAGGAUAAAGAUGUUGUUAUUGAAGGCUUUGGUUCAGUUGAAGUCUAUGAUCAAUGGAUUGCACCUCCAGUGUCUGGUCAACUUCCAAAAGCCAGAUAUGAGCAUGGAGCUGUAGUCAUGCAAGACAAAUUAUACAUAUAUGGUGGAAACCACAAUGGCCGUUACCUUAAUGAUCUUCAUGUUCUCGAUUUGAGAAGUUGGACUUGGUCGAAGAUUGAGGCUAAGGUUGUAGAUGAGUCUACUGACUCGUCAUUCUCAGUAACAUUAACCCCUUGUGCUGGCCAUACACUGAUUCCAUGGCAAAAUAAGCUUCUGUCAAUUGCUGGGCAUACCAAAAAUCCUGACGAAAGUAUUAAAGUGAAAGUGUUUGAUCCAAAAGUGGCAACUUGGUCGACUCUAAAGACUUACGGGAAACCCCCGGUAUCACGUGGAGGCCAAUCAGUCACCUUAGUUGGGAAUGGCUUAGUAAUUUUUGGUGGACAAGAUGCAAAGAGAACUCUCUUGAAUGAUUUGCAUAUUCUUGACUUGGAAUCCAUGACUUGGGAUGAAAUCGAUGCUGUUGGGGUUCCUCCUUCUCCGAGGUCUGAUCAUGCUGCUGCUGUACACGUGGAGCGAUACUUACUUAUCUUUGGUGGGGGUUCACAUGCGACUUGCUAUAAUGAUUUGCAUGUUCUCGAUUUGCAGACUAUGGAAUGGUCUAGACCAACACAACUGGGUGAAAUACCAACAGCACGUGCGGGACAUGCUGGUGUGACAGUAGGGGAGAACUGGUUCAUUGUUGGUGGGGGUGACAAUAAGAGUGGGGUUUCAGAGACUGUUGUGUUGAAUAUGUCUACGCUGACAUGGUCAGUGGUUACCUCUGUUCAAGGCCGUGUACCUGUUGCUAGUGAGGGCUUGAGUUUGGUUGUAAGCUCAUAUGAUGGUGGAGACCUACUUGUAUCAUUUGGAGGAUAUAAUGGACGUUACAACAACGAGGUCUAUGUCCUUAAACCAAGCCAUAAAUCAACCUUGCAAUCAAAUACAUCUGAAAAUCCUAUACCAGACAGUGUUUCUGCUGUUCACAAUGCCACAAAUGCUACUCGAGAUGCGGAGUCUGAAUUUGAAGCAGGCCAUGAAAGCAAAAUUAAGGAACUUGUCGUGGACAAUGGUGAUUCAAGAAAAUUGAAAGGCGAUGUUAUAUCAGUCCUGAGGGCUGAGAAAGAUGAAUUGGAAUCAUCACUCAGCAAGGAGAAGUUGCAUACUCUUCAACUAAAGCAAGAGCUUGGAGAAGCUGAAGGACGUAAUUCUGACCUUUGCAAGGAACUUCAAUCAGUACGUGGUCAGCUUGCUGCUGAGCAGUCAAGGUGUUUCAAACUUGAGGUGGAAGUUGCUGAGUUAGGACAGAAACUCCAAACAAUUGGGACAUUACAGAAGGAACUUGAACUCCUCCAACGGCAAAAAGCUGCAUCUGAGCAGGCCGCCUUAAGUGCAAAACAAAGGCAAGGUUCAGGCGGUGUAUGGGGUUGGCUUGCCGGUACUCCCCCUAACCAGCAAGAGGAAGAUUGAUGAACGCUUGAUUAGCCUAAGUAGAUAAUGAUGCUCUAUUAAGUUUCAUUAACCAAUUUUAUAUCCUAUACAUUUUUUGUUUUGAUUUGAUUCAGUUCUUUUUCUAAUGAAGGAAAUAAGAUUUAGCUGUUGUUUGGCCAAAGUAUACCAACCCCCCUGGGGGUUCUUUCAGUAUUUACAUAUUACAGAUACACUGUAAUUGUAGUUGUGUAGUUUCAUAUGGCAGUUCAAGUUAUUGUUCCCACCAUUUUUGCUGAUUUGUAUUCAAUUCAAAAUGGAUCCCUGAUUGAAUGAAAUGAUUUGAAAUUUUCUUUUCG